AUGCCUUCCUUCACCCCGAACCCGAACUUUGACAAGGAAAACUCGAACCCCAAGGACUGGGCAUACCAUCUCGGAUGUCUGCCGCAGAAGCAUCACAUCGUCUUUACCAAGGAGGACUUUGUGGCCUUCCUCAAGCAGCACAACGUCCAUGUUGGACCCAACUUUACCGAGCUCUCGCGGUUGCCCAAGUACGCAACGAUCGGCAAGCUGACAGUCUCGGACGACGCUGGCGCAUCGGCGUCUGCGCCCGCACCCGCCGCCAGCCAAGCAGCUCAGCCCGCCUCGGUACGGGCACAGCAGGUGCAAGCAGAUGAAGCUGCACGAGGCGCAUCGAACGAGGCCAACGUGGUGUACACGAGCUCGGGCGACGUGUUCCGACCGAGCCGCAAGGUGCGACAGCUUCCCGGCGGUGGAUCUGCGCAGGUGAGCGCGCUGUUCGGCAGCGGUGCCGACGAGGAUGAGGAGCCAACGCCCGUUGCGGCUCGCAAGCCUGCCGCGCCUGUUGCUGCUCCCGAGAUCAACGACUUUGAGCCACUGGGUGCUGCACCUGCUCGCCGCGUCGCGAGCGGCAACGUGGCCGCCGCCCAGGAGUCGCAUUUCUACGACGACGUCAGCGGCGACAAGGCAGGCGUGUACGAAGGCGUACGCAACGAUGCCGUGAUGAACAACGGCUUCCGUCCUACCCGCCGUGUUCGUGUGCCCGGUGGCACGGGCGGUCUGUCGAGCAUCACCUUUGAUUAG